CACUGGAGCUAAAUAUUCAUCCCCACUUAACAUGUCAAUCAGGAUUAAUACCCUUACAAUCCGCCCCUCUAAGUUCAUCCAGGUUUUUCCACUAGUGAAAAUAGUUGGAAGAGGAAGAGGGGGUGAUAUAUAAAGCAGGACAGGACAGGAACACAACAGCAAAGAGCGCGGCGGAUUCAGUAGCGCGCAACACACUGCGUCGCUUGGAUGUCUUUUACGCGUCUGAGUCUCAACUCGAUGGCUGCUGACAAGUAGAAAUGACUGAUUACCCAGACGUUUCAAGAGCCUGAUGGGCUUCGAGGAUGUCAAAGCGACCAAAACAAACGCACUUCUGGGUUUUAUUCUUUAACAUUUCCCCCGCGGAUCGCUCAUAUAAAAACUUUCUCAAGCUGUAGAUAAGAAUAUUGCAGAAGUCUCCAAAUCAGCGCAUUACUCCUCUGGUGUUUUUUUGGGGGGGACACUUUCCGAGAUGGAGCUGAAGAUCGCAUAUCGCAUGCUUCUCUUCCCGAUCCAAAUGUUUUAUCACAUAGUUCGGGCAAGUUUGCUGUCGCUGUUGCCAAGCAGCAAGAAGGACUUAAGCAAGGAGGUGGUAUUGAUUACCGGUGGAGGUCGAGGAAUUGGGAGCCACCUGGCCAAGGAGUUUGCAAAGCAGGGAGCCAAAAAGGUCAUCCUUUGGGGAAGAACAGAGAAGUGUUUAAAAAAGACAGCUGAAGAAAUCUCCCUCUCUGGAUCAGAUUGCUGUUACUUUGUGUGUGAUGUGGCCAAUCGGGAUGAGGUGUACAAACAAGCCAAGGUGGUGAGAGAAAAGGUUGGAGAUGUUACUAUAUUAGUAAACAAUGCAGCUGUAGUUCAUGGAAAAGGUCUGAUGGACAGUGAUGAUGACGCUCUUCUAAAAACUCAGCAUAUCAACACACUGGGACAGUUCUGGACAACCAAAGCGUUCCUGCCUCGAAUGCUGGAGCUACAACACGGCCAUGUUGUGUGCAUCAACUCAAUCUUAUCCCAGUCCCCAAUACCAGGUGCCAUAGACUACUGCACUUCUAAAGCCUCAUCACUGGCCUUCAUGGAGAGCCUAACACUCGGCCUGCUGGACUGUCCUGGUGUCAGCUGCACCACUGUGCUUCCUUUCCACACUAACACAGAGAUGUUCCGGGGAAUGAGAGUUAGGUUCCCCCAACUCUUCCCACCACUCAAACCUGAAGUAGUGGCCCAGAAAACUGUUGAUGCUGUCAGGACUAACAAGGCAUUCCUUUACUUGCCUUGGACAAUGCGUGUUCUUGUUAUACUAAAAAGCUUUAUGCCGCAAGUUGCUCUUGAGGAAAUCCACAGGUUCUCUGGAAGUUAUACCUGCAUGAACACAUUCAAAGGACGAACAUGAAUCUGGAUUGCACACAACUCAUGAGAGACUUUUUAAACUUCUGGGUUGAAAUGAAGGGAAUAUAGACCUCAUAGCAAUCAAAGGUGGAUGAGUUCUUUUAAAAUUGAAGAUGAACACUAAGGGAACAUAAAAGGGUGCUAUUUUUCACAUAAAAGUGAAGGAUAACUACAUGAAGCUCCCACCACUGUGUACACGUGGAAGCUUGCCAAUAUGUAAAGCAGAAGCCAUGCAUAGUUCUGUAAAAGCUGUUAUUCUGGAACAGUUUUUGUAACACAUUUACAUUAUUUGUUGUACAUUUGUUUGUCCUUUUUAAUGGGUAUUAAAUAAAACAAAGUAAUAAAACUGAGUUU